UGUCUCCCUGUCCUCCCGCUGGCACCGAGGAGAUCCCCGUCCCGUCUCUGCCAUGACUCCACAUCCGAUCACGGCUCAAAAGCAGCGAUGAGUCUGCUUGGACUUUCGGUUGCCUUAAUUAACGCAAAAGCAUUACAGGAUCCGAUCGGUUUUUGCGUAAAAGCACCGUAAAAUCAGGAACAACAUGCAGGAGAAGCUGACGGACAACCGGACACCCACAUCAUUGAGGGCGUCGUCGUUUUUUAUCGAGAACCUACUGGGCAAGGGGCGGAAUGGACAUGAGUCGAUGUCGGACAGAAGUGGUAGGGAAACUGGUGUAGAGACGCGCUCCAUUGGCCGAGUCCAGAACGCUCAUCAAGCCGACGGGAGCGCUCCAGCGCCCGAUGGCUGCAGCUCCACAGCCCGGUCCCCGUACAGAGACUCGCCGUUGCAGUGGUACCGCGGGGGAACUGCCUUAAACUUCAGAGCUUUGGAAAUACCACCGAGCCCAAGAGAUAAUACAAGUUCAGACGACCACUGCUGCUCCAUAUCGACCAGUGACAGGUGUUCCCCCGCUGUAUCUGAGCCGAUAACAGAGGGCAGCGACGAAACCGACAGGAAGACAGGCGACAGCAACCUGACAGACGACAACGAGGACGCGAACAACGGGUUUGACGCACGGUCAGAGCAAGACCCGAGCUCCACCCGGAAGAAGAAGACCCGGACCGUGUUCAGCCGCAGUCAGGUGUUUCAGCUGGAGUCCACCUUCGACAUGAAACGGUACCUGAGCAGCUCGGAGAGGGCGGGGCUGGCAGCGUCUCUCCACCUGACGGAGACUCAGGUCAAGAUCUGGUUCCAGAACCGGAGGAAUAAAUGGAAGAGACAGCUGGCGGCGGACCUCGAGGCUGCACAUAUCCCACACUCCACCCAGCGGAUUGUCAGGGUCCCCAUUCUGUAUCACGAGGGACCCACUGCAGCACUUGGUUUCAACCUAAACGGACAUUCACUUUCUCCACCCGUCGCGGGCUUCUCCAGCUACCCUCUGUCCUCGUUUGCUCACUCCAUGAGUUUGUUAAGAUCGCAGAUGACGGGCUUUGUGUAAAGACUGUUGAAGACUGAUGUAUCUAUGUUUAUAACCCUGUUCAUACUGAGUCGUGCAAUAACCCACAUCCAAAGAUAAGAGCCGCAGAGACAUUGACACGUGGUGAUGAAUCAUCUGCUCAUAAGUCUGUGCUCCUGUCACAGAAUAACAGCCAAGCAAGGCCGAAGCUGCUCAUAUACUGUAUGUUUGAAUAUACACAUAUUUUUGCAAACUUUUAUAUUUAAAGCCUCACAUUUUUCCAACUUUGUCACUUUUUCCACAUAAUAGAUGAAUAAAAAAACAAACACAAAA